UAUUAAUCUGGCCGACUUGACAGCUGUUUUUCGGAAGCAUGGACGACAUGGACAAAUGGCCUGAAAUCGAGAAAGCAGCUGCGGAGAAAAGACGCGAACUGGUUUUACAGGGUCCGAGCGUUGACAAGAGGAUUUCCUCAGCUGGUGAGUUGACCUCUGCAGUCUAUUCCCUCACAUUACUGAAUUAUCUGGAGAUCAGCCAGUGUCCGAGUUUGACGGAGAUCCACGAGGACGUCAGACACCUGACCCACGUCCAGAGUCUCAUCCUGUGUAGGAACCAGCUCAGCUCCAUCCCCGGUGCCAUCGGCCUCCUCCGGUCCCUGAAGGUCCUGGACCUGUCCGCCAACAGGCUGCAGCUUCUCCCGGAGGCAGUGAGCCAGUUAGGGGAGCUGAACACUCUGAAUGUGAGCUGUAACAACCUGGAGGUCCUUCCAGAGGGACUGAGCCACUGCACCAAGCUGUGCUCCAUCAACAUUUCCAAGAACCACAUCAGCAGCUUCCCCAUAGCCCUCUGCUCAGAGAGGAUGGACCUCCUCAGCACCAUCAUGGCCUCUGACAACUCCAUCCAAGAGCUGAGUGCAGAUAUUCACAAGCUACCGGCACUGAAGGUUCUUGACCUUUCCAACAACAAACUGAGCGAAAUCCCCUCAGACCUGAGUGAUUGCCCCAAGCUAAAAGAGAUCAACUUCAAAGGCAACAAACUCAGUGACAAGCGCCUGGAAAAGAUGGUCAAUGGCUGCCAGACCAAGUCCAUCCUGGACUACCUCCGAACAAAUGGUCGAGGUAGAGGGAAAGGACGGCAGGGAGAGGAUGGAGGGGAGGCAGAUGUGGGCCGUAACUCAGACAAGAGGAGACGGCCACAGCACAGGAAGAAGAAAGAAAAAGUGUCAGACGAACAGGAUGAGGUGGAGGAACUGAACAAGAUGGUGGUGAGGGUUCUCCACGUGUCAGAAGCUCCUGCAGCGCUCACGGUCAGAGUGAGCGCGGAGGUGAAGGAGGUUCGGCCGUACUUGGUGUGCUGUGUGGUCAGAGGCAUGAACCUGAAGUCUGGUAACUCACUGAAACGCUUCCUGGUGGCUCAGACAAAACUUCAUGAUGAGCUUUGUGGUAAAAGGACCACUGCAACCAUUGCAACUCAUGAUGUGCAGCUGCUCAAACUUCCCCUGGUCUAUGACGUCAGACCGCCCACCCAACUGAAGAUUGUGGCGCUGGGACGUAAGGAGAUGACGGCUGUGGAGCUGAUCAGACAUCUUCAGCUGGAGGCCGAUGAGCUGAGGAAGCAGAAGAAGAGGCAAAACGUAUCUGGCCUCCACAAAUACCUUCAGCUUCUGCAGGGAAAGCCAUUCUACCCCUGCUUAGUGGACGCAGACGGACAUGUGAUUUCCUUCCCACCAAUCACCAACAGUGAAAAAACCAAGAUCAGGAAAACAACCACAGAGUUGUUCUUGGAGGUGACGAGCUCGACCAGCCUGCAGAUCUGUAAAGACGUCAUGGAUGCACUUAUUGCUAAAAUGGCAGAACUGAACAAGUUUACAGCAGAACAUCAGGAGGAGGCAGGUUCAGAUGAGGAAGGUGGCGUCCCACCUGAAAUGGGCCCCAGCAGUGAGAUCUCCAGCGAGCUGAUUGUCCAACAGGUCCGAACCAUUGACCAAGAAGGGAAUCUGAAGGUUGUCUACCCAUCAAAGACCGACCUCCGUCAAGACACCAGCAACCUGGCUGUCAUCUGGCAGCCAUGAGGAGGACGUCCUGUUGUUGCAUUCAUUCACAUGUUACAUGAAAUAAUUUUAACAUAUUCAAUUUCCGUUUUGUGACAUUUUGUAAGCCUUUAACAUGCAACAAAAUGAAUGAUCCAGGAAGAGGCGUUCCUUUGACUUCACGGAGAACACAAAACCUUUCUGUCAUUAAAGCAUCAUUAUUCUGAGAUGAUUACUGAAUAAUAAAUUCUGAAUGACUUAACCUAAACCAGGA